UCACAGCGUUCUCUCGCGAUGAAUCAUUCACAUGGACAUAAUGUGUUACUAAUCUAUGUGGUAUACAUCGUACUUGGAAAUUGUAUAUAUGUAAGGGCGAGAUGACACAUAUAUACCCCGCGCGGUCCGAAUUUUGUACGUAGAAUAUCGUGAUUCUUGAGCGAGCCGGCACCCGGACAUGAUUCGCAUGUGCUGAUUUAUAAGGACGAGUUGAUCCAUAACUUCCAAUGACACGAUUAAAAUUUAACAGUUCACCAUGUCUCCCAAUACCUUCAAGCAGAUCGUCCUUCGCGAACGCCCCGUCGCAGACAUUCUCCCAGAUACGUUCGAGUCCAAGACGAAGGCGUUCGAUGAACUCCAUGUCGGCAAGAGUCAAGCUCUAGUCCAAGUCACGUACAUUUCACUGGACCCUGCCAUGCGUGGGUGGCUCAGAGACGUGCGAAGUUACGUCCCUCCAGUGAAAAUUGGGGAGGUGAUGCGUUCGGGCGGGCUCGGUGUCGUAGUGAGCGUGGGCGAGGGGAGCAAGUUUCAGAAGGGAGACCUGGUCCAAGGAAGGUUUGGAUGGACAGAGUAUGCAGUUGCGGAUGACGAGUCAAUGGAGAAGAUCUCGCCACCUCCGGGAACGACGUCCUUGGACUUUUUGAACACUCUGGGCAUGACAGGCAUGACUGCAUACUUUGGCCUUUACGACGUCGGCCAGCUGAAAGCCGGUGAAACACUAGUCGUAUCGGGUGCUGCUGGUGCAGUCGGUGCCCUCGUCUGCCAGCUCGGAAAGCAGGCCGGCGCGCGUGUGAUUGGCAUCGCAGGUACAUCAGACAAAUGUGCCUGGCUUGAGAGCGACUUGGGCGUAGAUAAAGCGCUCAACUACAAGAGCCCUACUUUCCGUGAGGAUUUUGCGAAGGUUGUUGGGUAUUUGGACGUGUACUUUGACAACGUUGGAGGCGACAUACUUGAAUUGGCACUCUCGAGGCUGAAUCAAAAUGCGAGGAUUGUUUUGUGUGGGGGUAUAUCCGCUUACAACGAUCCACAACCCAAAGGUCUUAAGGGGUAUAUGACGCUCAUAUCACAACGUGCCAAGAUGCAAGGCUUCAUCGUUUUCGAUUAUGCCGACCAGUAUCCGGUGGCUGUCAAGAAGAUAGCAGCUGGACUUGCUGAUGGAUCGAUAAAAAGCAAGUUUCACAUCGUCGAAGGUCUCCAGAAUGCUCCGAGUGCGCUGCCUAUGCUCUUCUCUGGGGCGAAUGUAGGAAAAUUAGUUGUUAAAGUUUCAGAUGAGCCCUCUAUGAGUUCGAAGCUGUAAAUUUUUCGGGAUUCCUUUACAUCCACACUGGUACACAGGCGAACUGAGCCAUUCAGAAUCGGCUAACUUUAUUAGUAUUUG